AUGCUGCGUCCGCGUGAUUUGUCACUAGCGACACGCGCCCACCUCCGGCUGCGCGCAUGGCGCACGCGGACCGCCCCCGCGACUGCGCGACCGCUCCGCCACCCGCGCGACCCAUUGCCUCCAUCCGCGCGGCCGUUCACGUGCUGCAGUCCCCUGUCCCAGCCGUCCGAGCCCGCGACCGCUGCUCCCGCACGUGUCUCUACUGACAUAUCCGCCGGCCAUCCACUGGACGCGCGCGCGGCCCUCGUCGCCCGCCUCAAGACGCAGUGCAACGCGCUGUACGUCGACAACGCGGCGUUCGUCCCACCGGCGCAAGCGCUCGCGCAGUGGCACGCGGCCAUUUCGUCGCUCGCGAGUGCAUCACCGGCGUCCGAGGCGCCGCAACUCGCGGCCGAAGUCGAACGCGCGUACGAGAGCGCCGUCGCGAUCGCGUCAAAGCAGCGGCAGACGCCGCUGGCGGCGCAGUUGGUGCAGCAGAUGGCGCAGUUGGGCUACCGGCCGACCGCGCGCACGCACGCGAUGCUCGUGCGCAACGUGGCGCUGCAGCUGCGGCCGGACGGCGCGCCCGCGACGUCGACGCGCGACCUGCGGACGCUGCUGCAGGACGUGCCGGACGACCGCUGGCCGCGCGAGCUCUUGCGUGUGCUUGAGCGCGAGACGCGGCCGCUGCAGCUGCGGACGGCGCGGGAGGUCGCGCUCUUCCACGAGCGACUGAUCGCCGGCGUCGAAGCGCAGCUGAGCGCCUACGAGCGGACGGCCGCCGACGCGACGGAAGCGGCCGACCGGCGGCUCACGUCGGGGCCGUACCACGAGGCGCUGCGCGUGUACGCCGACAAUGGCGUUCCGUUCGCGCGCAUGCUGCAGCUGAUGGUCGCGCGGCGGCUGACGGUCGGCGUCGAGACGUACGGCGUGCUGCUGCUCGGCGCGCGGUGGAACGAGAUCCCCGCGACGCUCAGUCAGCUGCUGCAGUCGAAGCUCGUGGACGACCUCGUGCGGCCGCGGGACGGAGCAGCCGCAGUCGCUGCGCGUGCGCACGUGCACCGGCUGUGGGUGAACGCCAUGAAGGCCGUCGUGCACUCGAGCACGGAGCGGUUCAACGCACUGGCCGCCAGCGUGUCCAAGCGCGACGUGGAUCAGCUCCGGAAGGUGUUCACGUACGUCGACCGACAGCUCGCAGACGCCUUUGGCACCGUCGCGUUCGAUGACGCAGCAGCGCAGCGCGACGACGUGUACGCGAUGCGCGCAAAGGCCGCCGCGGCGUGCGGACUCCGAGCCGCUGUCCAGCGGAUCCUCAACGAGUACGUGCAGUCGAGUGGCCACGAGGACGACCAGCAGCGGCCGCGCGGGCUGUCGACGGCGCCGUUCCUCAUGGCGCUCGAGGUCGUCCCGUGGGCGCUGAUGGACGUGCUGACGCUCUCGCGUCAAGACGCGUUGGCCCGUGCCGAGAGUCGCGACGUCGCGGCGUCGCCGCGUGUGCUCGCGAUGCAGCGCCUGUACGACCGCGUGCUGCAGCAGCUCGACGCGGCCCAAGCGACCGUCGACGCGAUCGAGCAGCAGCUGACCGCCGGCGACGCUGAGGGGAGCGACGACGAGCUGCGCAAGUUGCGGAGCUGGCAGAACGUAGCGCGCGAGACGGUGCGACGCGAGGCGCGACGGGCCGCGACGCUCGAGCGGCGGCUGGCGAACGCGCGCGUGCUCAAAGCGAAUCAGCUGCUGAUCGAGGAGCACUUGGACCGCGCGGACCGGACGGUGGCUCUCGUGCUGGAGACGCUGCAGCGCGCGGGCUGCAGCGUGCCCACGGACGUGGACUUGGACGUGCACGUGAAGCUCAUGGAGCAGUACCUGACGGCUGCGCGGCGUCUGGACAGGCGGCUGGCGCAGCGGCAGAAGCACGUGGGGCCGCACGUGAUGCGCCGCGUGUUUGGCCUUGUGAAUCGGAUCUCGGGCGCCGUGCGGUCCGGAGCGCUGGACGUGCAGGAGGCCGAAACCCGUGCGAAGCUCGUCACGUUCUUUGAGCACGCAGUGGGUACGGCCGUGCGGCUCUGGUGCGAAGAGGAGACGGCGGCGCUCGUGCGGCAGCAGCAGCGACUGCUCGGGACGUUGCAGCUGUCGUCGCGCGAGUACGAGCAGCUCAUCUUCCAGAGCGUGACGAAUCUGGACGUGCGGCGGGCGCACGCGCUGUUGCAAGAGAUGCACAACGCGGGUAUGAAGCCGUCGGGGGAAGCGAUCCACCGCAUUGCGCUUGGACUGCUGCAUCGACGCAACGCACUGCCGACGGACGAUGGGCACACGUCGUAUGCUGAAGAGAGUGUCGAAGACGACGGAGACAGUGAGGCCGAAGUGGAUGCGGAGACUGCGGUCGAAGACGAUGCAGCGAGUGCGGAUACGGGCGAUAUGCAACUCGCAGGCCGAGACGUUGCAGCCGCAGCAGAGGCAGCGCUGGACUCGGAGCUGUCGGAUCUUCUGAACGUGUCGGAUCGGGACGCCAUUGAGGACGAACUCGAGCUCCGUGGAGGACUGCGGCUGGACGGAGACGAUGCCGCCGCCGCCGCCGACGACGACGACCGUAGUGCGGAAAGCAGUGCGACAGCACGGACGCUGUUGCUGGGCUCGGACGCACCGGUGACUGUGGAGGACCUCGUUGGCUUUCUGCAAGACUGGUACAACCUGUACGGCGUGAAGCCGUUCGGCAAGACAGUGGUUCCGGUCAUGGCUCAGCUGCUGGACGCGAACAACUUUGCCGAGUUCCGCCGACUGUUGCAGAUCGUGGACUCCAUGGACGGCGGCCUCACUCCAGCGACAGAGCUUUGGCUCGAGAAGCGGCUCGACCGACUUGGCGGCAAGACGCUGGACGACUUUCGGCUGAAGACAAACAACAAGUGA